CUCUACGAUUGUGGGAAGAGUCUUUAUUAAUUUAUUAAAGAGUAGAUUCUCAAAAAUGAGUGAAACGUUGCCAAAUACAAACAGCUUUCCACUCAACAGAUCGCAGUUGUCUACAUGGCGCUGCCAGUUCUUUGCCUUGCCAAAUAAUCAACUGGCCCAAAAUAUUUGCACAAUUUUCGAUCCCAUUGUUGCCAGUUUGCGUGAUACUCAGGAGUUAGUUUUACACGGUGAGGAACACCAUGAGUUGAACAAGCUGAAUAAGUGCACAAUUGGCGGUCCAAAUUGGAUCUGCACCGGACUCGAUCUGCUGCGUCUGGGCAUGUGCAAGGAUUGCGAACUCUCCGCCCCAUAUCUGUUCUACUGGCAUAAGCUGGAACGUUGUAAUUAUUUUCUGAACACAGUUGCGGAUUUGCUGGCCUGCUGUGAGCCCGUGGAUGGCCGCACAUUUCAGUAUUUGAUGAAACAUGCGGUUCCCGAUGCCGGAAAUUGGCAAAUGUUUGUCAAUCUCAUCCAGAAAUAUGGUGUUAUGCCAAAGGAGUGCUAUAGGCCGAGCUGGUCAUCAACAUGCACCCGGCACCUGAACAUGAUGCUCAAAAGCAAGCUGCAUGAGUAUUGCAGUCAAAUGCAUGCAGAGUUCACCUUCGGUCAGGAUAGCCUAAAACUGUUCCAGAUGAUUGCGAAAAUGAUGGAGGAACUGUACAAGGUAAUCAGCAUUUGCCUUGGUACACCAUCGACGAAUUUCAACUGGAAAUUAGGUGAUGAAGGCAAGCAACUUGAAUGUACACCUCAGAGUUUCUAUAAGCGUUUUAUAGCUCCCCAUUAUGCAAUCGAUGGCCAAAUUUGCUUGGGUCAUGAUCCGCGUCUCAGUUCCAAGUACCAAAGAAACUAUCGCAUCGCGCACAGUUCAAAUAUGACGAAGGGACUGCAGCAGAGCUACAACAAUCAGCCCAUGGAAGUGCUGAUACAGAUCAUUGUGGACUCUCUAAUCGCUGGGUCAGCUGUGUGGCUCGCCUGCGAUCUGCAGACCACAUUUUAUGACAAAGCCGAAAUCCUAAGCCUGAAGUCGCACAAUUUCGAGCAGGUCUUUGGACUGUCCGUGAACACGGCUCUCAACAAAGCUGAGCGCCUGUUCUACAAGGCAACGCGUCGAAAUAAAGUGCUGCUCCUCACCGGCAUCACAUUGGAUGCAAUGAAGCAACCGUUGCACUUUAGCACAAAACACACAGUAACCAAAACGGCGACAAGCACAGGCGGGCUGCAACUGUCUGGGACAGACAUGGAAGAGGAUGGAGUGAAACGGAGAGCGAGCGGCAGUGGCAAGGCCAACGUGCUGAAUAUCGAUUGGCUGAAGGAAUACGCCUUCGAGAUAGUCAUCGAUUCACGCUUUGUGCCGCCUGGCGUUAUGCACGCCCUCCAAACUCAGUCCAUCGUGGAACUGCCCAUUUGGGACCCAAUGGGCGCGCUGCUCACUUGAUGAGCGAUUAGUCCCGCAGGAUAGUUGCUGCUCCACAGGAAUGCAGUACCGUUGUUCAAUGUUUUCUUACAUCCAAACCAAGCAGCUCAUCAAUUGUAGCCAAUGAAAAAUUGUAAAACUUUAAUUGCUUUUUUGCAAAGUAUUUCAGUCUAAAUCCCAAAACUAUUGUAAUAUAUAAUUAUGAGGCAAAAUGUUUAAGAAUAAAAAUUAAUGUGUCAAAGUUUUGAAGUGCUACAAAA